AUGUUCGAAAUUUGGCACUGGUCACCCGUGCAGGGCAGUGAUCGUCAGGACCCACCUAGCGAGUGGUCUACGCUGACUACCUGGGUCCAACAUACCCACCACCGGUUGACCUCUCUAGCCAGUAGAGUCUGGUUGCGGGAAAUCAUUCGCUACCUGAACCCGUCCACCGGCAAGGUAACGGAUCUCUAUACCAAACUAGAUUACGAUGCUGGAUUUAGCAUCCUAGCCGCAUCGACUGGUGCUGAGCGCCCAGCAGUCACAAAUGCCAUUCUCGAUUCUAUUGCGGAUACUGUCCUUCCCGCGCUGGAAGCCCAGGCUGCUUUCGAGGCGACGAGGAACUAUGUGGGCACGUACGACUCUACGGACUCUGUCAACUUGACUAUUACUGUUGCGUUCAAUAAGUCUUCUGUUAUAACGUCGAAGUCUGGCUUGAGUAUUACGCGCUGGAUCUCGAAUGGGACGGAUGUAUUAGCGUCAGAUCGAGUCCAGGGUGGUCGACCGAGGCUUUUGCUUAGUAUUCCUAAGCAGACGGUGGAAGGGAAGGAAGGUCAGGUGGCUUUUCAGGUUACUCCUCAGCCGCAGCUUUGA